AUGCACACCUAUACGACCCACGGUGGCGAGCGUGCGUCGGACGAGCCGCAAGCUCGCCACGCAUUCGGCAGGCAACCACAUAUACCAAUGUUUACGAAAAUGAUGCUCGCGCCAAGCCUGCACCCCAACACACACUUCGAUCCCGAGCACAGGUUUGGCAUUAGUCCUGGAUGCACCGAGUCACCAUCGGGGAGCCUCAGCAGCGUAUCGAGCAUGCCAAGCCUGCACAGCAUGUCGUUCCAUGGCGACGCGACCGAUGUAGAUGACGACGAUGCAGAGGCGGAGCUGAAUAUUGCAAGCAAGCUCGACGAGCCAGACGACAUUGCACUCGCCGCUCUGGAAAAUGACGACGAUACGAUUGGAGAUAUGGACGGCGUGCAGAGCACUGCAGCCAGCUGGGAUGCAACUACCAGCCACAGCGGCUCCCUAGCGCGUUCCUGGAAUAAUUCCACUGUACAUACACCAUUUCCACUUCACCGUUCGCACUCUGUGCCGACGCAGUCCGCGCUGCUUACUCUCCGCAAAGGCCGCGUGUCCGAGCUCUUGGCAGAAUGCGACGAAAUGCCGCACACUACAACACCUUUUGGCAGUACGCGAUUGGAUACGUGUGCGUCAGGCGGCGCGGCUGAUUUCGACCCCGACGCGCUGCCAUUACCGCCCACAUCGCAGCCUGCAGCGAAUGCUACAGAUAGCGUACCUGCUGUGCCUUCGCCAUUGUACCAGUGCAUUUCUGCAAACGCUAUAGACGGCGAUCCAAAAGCCGAGCAAGACUGCAACAUGCGUUCGAAACAACACGACAAUGAUGGCGGCAGCGUGCACAGCCGCGGUCGAUUGCGUAUGGUGCGCUUCUCCACGAAUCCUCCUUCAGAGAUUCGUACACACAGCCCCGUGGAGUACGAUCGGAAAGCGUGCCAGCCGAACCAUCACUUUUGCGGCAAGGAUCUGGAGGAGCUGCGUGCUUUGGACAUGCCGAUGGAGCUACUUGCCUCUCGCUGGUCCGCAUUGAAGCAGCUCGUACCUCACUGCACCAGCGACGCACCAUUGUGCGAGGACAUAAACGUGGAGAAUACACCGAAGUGUGCGCCAGCGACACUGGACACAGCGCGCACGGCGCCUCUGUGCGCUCAAAGCUUGCGCAUUAUGCCCGCGGAUGACACGCAAGUAGCACAGACACGCCGCGCACGCUGGGACGAUAUGCGCUCAUCGCACGAGCGGCGCAGAGGCCGCUCGUGCAGUGCCGUGCCCGAAGCAAAGCCACGCGAUCCGAGCUGUACCUCGCUGCUCGCGCCGUCCAUCGCUGCACGGUUUGGCCUGGACAAGCCGCCCCCUCCAUUGCCCGGCACACCAGACGCUGCGGACCUCAGCCCCAGCUCUCCACCGCGAAGUACCGAGUGCUUGACGCCUCCGUGCCCCGAGCAGCUUUGUGAAACCCGCGUCCCAGAUAUGUGCGACGGCGGUAGUGAAUAUGAUUUUGUAGUUUAA